CUAACAAGUAAUAUGACAUUAUUGUAAAUGGAAUGGAUUUAGUUCAAGCAAAUAUUGUUUUGAUUUAAAUUUUCAAUACCGAAAUAGUAUAAAAUGAGUGAUUUAAUGGAGGAUGGUAUGGAAUUCCGUGGAGGUACACUACAGUUAUCAACAGAAAAUAACGUGGAGAACUCUGAAAGCAGAGUCCGAGGUGCGACUCAAAGUCAUAAUAAAAUCAAAACACCGAUAAGUGUUAAUCCAUCUGUGUUAUCGGGCGCUGAUUCUCUAUCAUCAUCAGCAUCCUCUUUUGCAGAUGCUCGUCAGAGUACAUCAAACAAUGAUAAUGCUGAGCAACCACAGACUGUAUAUCCGCGUUAUGAUGUACCAUUUGACAAAGAAAAUAUCAAAGACUUUUUUACAUUCCGAAAGGGUGUUGUUGAAAAUGCUAUCCAAGAAUGUAUCACUGCUCUCUUAUUUCCCGAAGAUGGUGAAUAUUUGGGAUCAUGGCUCUUAACUGAAAUAACACUCUGGGAUAAUGAAAAAGAAAGGAUUGUGCUACUAACAUCACGGCUUGUAAUGAUAAUCAAAUAUGAUUUUAUUGCUAUGAAACAAAUGGACUUCAGGAAAACAUAUCUUGAUGAUUUGGAUACUGUGGUAAUAGGAGAACUGGUGUAUCCACCCUCAAGUCUUGUUCCUCGACUAAAUGGUAUUGCAACUGGUGUAACAACGGUUGUUAAAGACUGCGUGAUAGAUCGACUUUGCCGCCGACCAACCUCUACAGAUGAUGAAACUAAACCGUUUGAUCCCAAAUACUUUGAACCUAGAGAAAGGAAUCUUCGCGGUGUUCGAAUGAUGUGGAACAAGGGAGAACCUUUGCCACUGAAGACAUUAUGGAAUCCUUUUAGUCAAGAAGUGCCAUUUAUAACCUUUGCAUCGCAUCCUAUCUAUUGGCACAGAGACGGCAACGCAGAAGAGAGAUCCACUUUUGACAUGGAGACAUUUGCUCAAAAACUACAACGGGCUAUUGAAAAUAUACCCAGUAGUGCUUGCUGUAUACAUCACUCCCCUAUUGUGAUACAAUCAUAUCUUGGAAUAGCCUCUCUUCUCCAUAACAAGACAAGCAUGGGUUUCUUCAAAGUGAGAGGAAAGUUCAGCUUUUAGUUCAUUGGAGUUUUUAUUAUUAAAUUGGUUCGCCUAUAUAAUUAGAAAUUGGUUUAGUCAUUGAAAAGUAUUUAUGAAUUUUAAAAUGGUACAAUAUACGUCAGUAUUGGACUUUCUUAGUACAAGUGGUCACCAUAAGAGUACCUAGUAUAUUAGGUACGAAACAUAUUUUACUUGUUUUUGGCGUGCGCAGUUAUAUCAUAGAAAACGCGUUUUUGUUAAAAGUAUAUACUGUUUUAGCAUUUUUAUAAUAUACAUAUAUGUCGCAGUUAUACUAAGAUAUGGGUAUGCGCAUUCGACCUAGCUCACUCCUGGCGCUAGUUAAAUUUACUUUUCAAAAUUACGCUCAUUAUUUUAGAUUAUUUAUUAAAUCAUUUUUUUUAAACGUUUUAGGUAUACGUAUAUGCAAAUUUAUACGUAAAGAACAAUAAAUCGCAAGCGUAGUACCGCAUGGGUUAGUGAGUUAUUGCCAGAUUACGUUUAGUUACUUAUUCCUAGAUUUAAUAAUGACAAAAUAAUAUGUAAUAAUUAAGAUAUGUUAUGUAUAUUUGAAAAUUUAUAUAUUUUGCUUAAUGCAUUUAACUUACUACUUGUUGUAGAUUGUUUGUUGAUUGUUAUUCUAGAUGUAGCAUUUAUAUCGUUGCUUUUAGGAUUUAUUUAGUAAAAAAAUGUGUCAUAAUACUUUUUUCUGUAAAUAAAAAAAAGCAUAUCGCAAAAAUAAAUGAUACUAUUAUGACAUUGUUCAGAUACAUAACAAACGGUAUCUUUAUCCUUGCACAUUAUAUCAUACUAGCGAGAUUAUUAAGCUCGUAGCAUAUUCUGAAGGUUAUAGACAAAGAUAUCUAUUGUGACAUCAUAUUGUCAAAGACAAUAUGCAUCGCGAUUGUCUUUUUCGUGUGGUUUGUAUUACAGAUACACUAUUGGAAAAUUCCACCCUUAAUAGCAUGCUCAUGGACAAAGUUUUGACAACCCCUUUGGCACAUUUUAAUAACUUCUUUCUCUACAUGGCCGCUCAUUUUAAAUGACUCUAAUAAAUCUGUUAUUAAUUGGAAACGGUUGUUAUUAACUGAUUCUAUAUAACCUCUUCUAUAUUAAUGUAAUAUAGUUAACAAAAUCAGUAACACAAUAUUUAAAGGGAAACAUUUUCCCUUUCCAGCCAACAUUAUUCUUCGCAAAGAAACAAUAUCCUAUCGUUACCAUAUACGUUUGGAAAAACCACUUAUUAAUCUACAUCGAGUAAUUGUGUAUUUCGGCGCGAAAAAUCUAUAUUUAAAUUGUAAAACAAGGUUUAUGUUCUAGUUUAUAUUUACUGGAAGAAAUUGCUUUUAGCAGUAAGACCGUAUUUAGUCCGUGUUGUGUUAUUGUUGUGUAACUAAAGUGUUAUUAUUCUUAUUGAGAUUUUGUGGUAUUACAACCACACCUACUGAUUUAAUAUUAAAAGAAAAAAAUCACGUGUAAAAGCUAUGUUAACAAAAGACAAUCAAUUUAUUAUUCAUGCAUUUUGAAUUAAUACCCAGUAGAUGUUGUUUUGGCCUCCAAGAACAUUUUCUUACCUUACGUAUUAUAUACUAAAAAAAUUUAUAAAUAUGUAUAAUGAAAUUAUAAAAGUGAGAUAAUUUGUAAACCUCUAAAUAUGAAAAUUAUAUAUAUGCUAGAGUACAUUAAUAUUCGUUUAACUUCAACCAAUUUAGGUAGCUUUCAUAACUCUUAGGAUAUUUUAUUUAUAAUAUAUUGUUUAUAGUCAAAUUAUUUUAUGUAUGUUCAAGUAAAUUACUAUAAGUAUUUCAAAUGUUUUUAUGUAAAAUUGUUUAUGCAAAAUGAGUAUAGCGACGCUAGACCUAGAUAAAGUUCUCUGAAAUUAUAAUCAGUGUAUAUCCUUUACGUUACCAAGUAUUAAUAUGGGAAAACUCGUUUGAUAAUGGGCUGUGCCAUGUUUAAUCAUAAGUUCUAGUAAUUUUUUUUAGAUAGUAAUUAGUUUUUAAUGGCCUAAAUAAGGUUAUUUUAUUUCCUAAAUCUAUUAUCAUAAAAAAUUCUUUCAUCUCGGUAUU